GUCCUUCAUAUGCUCUUGGACAUUGCCCCUCGUUAUGGCUUGGUUCUGGCUUGGUAUAUGAAGCCGUGACUGCCCAUCAUGGCUGAUCACUUUUUCUGCAAACCAUUCGUUUCUUUUCUUGUAUUCUCCCUUUGAUUCUUUCUUUCUUCCGGCCGUUGCCGUUGUUCAUUUUGGGUUGCUGCUGGGACGGCUGACCCUUUCUUUCUUUUUGAUUCUUACUUUCUUUUUUCACUGUCUGGUACAUUGUCAAUAUGCGCUCUCUUACUUGGCUGACGGCCCUAACCACGGCCCUUGGUGUGGCCGCAUCGACUACUGAGUCCUCUGCUUACAGUGACUCUGCGACAGGCAUCGACUUCCAACGUUGGUGCGAUGACGACUCCGGCAUGUGCUUCGGUAUGGCCCUCCCUGAGACCGUCAAGUCCGACUUUAUCGGUCAGAUGGUCGUGCCGCUGUCCGACUCCAAGGGCUGGGGAGGUGUCAGUCUCUCGCCCUCGAUGACCCAAUCGCUGCUCAUUGCCGCGUGGCCCAAUGGCGACUCUGGUGUUGGCAGUCUCCGCCAGGCCACCUCGUACACCAACCCAGACGUGUACCAGGAUGCCAGCAUCGCCGAGAUCCCCGACGGUGUGUCCGCCAACAGCACCCACCUCACCUAUACCUUCCUUUGCAAGGGGUGCAUUGUCGGAUCGCCGACUUCGUUCAAGGCAAGCGCAGACACCAGCUUCCUCGGCUGGGCCCUGUCUAAGACCAACCCUACUACUCCUAGCUCGCCGUCUUCCGUUCUUUCCUACCACGCUGCUGGUUUUGGCACCUUUGAGGUGCUCCUGUCAAAGGCCAAGUCGGCCAAGUACUCUACCUGGGCUGCUAAGGCCAAGUCAACUGCUACUCCUUCUGGCAGUGCCACACCGUCUUCUUCGGCUCUUGCUAGCCAGACUCCUACCCCCAGCGUGGCCCCGACUGUGUCGAACGCUACCUACGACUACAUCGUUGUCGGUGGUGGUGCGGCUGGUAUCGUCGCCGCAGAGCGUCUGGCCGAGACAAAGAAGAAGGUCCUCUUGAUUGAGCGUGGUGCUGCCUCGAUUGCCUCCAUGGGCGCCGACAACACUCUCUCCUGGAACAGCAGUCUCACUCCCUACGACGUUCCCGCUCUGGCCAGCUCGCUGUCUGAGCUUGGCCUCGUGAGCGACUACCUCUGCCCUGACACUGCAGGCAUGGCCGGCUGCGUUCUUGGUGGUGGCACAAUCAUCAACGCCAUGUCGUUCAUCCACCCUCCCAGCCGCGACUUUGACGACAAGUGGCCCCAGGGUUGGAAGUGGAACGACAUUUCUGCCGCGGCUAAGAGGAUGUACGAGCGCAACGCUGGUAGCAUGCUCCCCUCUGCCGAUGGUAAGCGGUACGACCAGAGCUUGUUCAAGGUGCUCUCAUCGUUCCUGAACCGUCUCGGCUGGAAGUACGUCAACCAGCAUGAGCAGCCUGACGAGAGACAUCAGAUGUACAGUUACCCGUCGUGGUCUGCUGCGGACGGUGUCCGCGCUGGUCCUGUGCGGUCGUACCUCCCUCUGGCUCAGGAGAUGGACAACUUCAACCUCCGUCUGCAGACCAAGGUUCGUCGCCUGGUGCGUCGUGGCGGUCGCGUGACUGGCGUUGAAGUCGAGAAGGAGAACGGUGGCAUUGAAAUCAUCCACGUCCGCGCGGGCGGAAAGGUGGUCCUCGCUGCUGGAUCGAUGUCGACUCCCCGCGUCCUCUUCAACUCUGGUAUCGGACCCGACGAGCAGCUCAAGAACGUGCAAUCCGGUAGCACUGGUGUUACCCUCCCUCCCUCCGGGGAAUGGAUCAACCUCCCCGUCGGCCAGAACCUGAAGGACCACCCCAUGUUCACGAUCAAGGUCGACACGCGCGCCAACUUCACCACCUUCAACACGUCUAGCGUCAUUCCCGGCCCGAGCGCUGUCGUUCAGCGACUUUAUGAGCAGGCCUCUGGUGUUCUCGCCCAGGGCGGCCACAGACUCCAGUUCUGGACUUCCCUCGAGGGAACUGAUGGCGUCACCCGGUACUUCCAGGCCUCGUGCUCCGCAGCUAAGAACGGCGUUAUCACGAUGAAGUUGUACCUCACGCACGGCGCUACCUCGUCGGGUGUCUUGGGUAUUAACGGACAAGGCUCGACGACUAUCGAGACGGAGCCAUACCUCCAGACCGAGGAGGACAAAGAGGCGACCACAAGGUUCUUGCAGGGCUUGGUGAAGGAUCUGAACAACUCGCCGAUGGGAUUCUCGAUCCAAGACUUUAGCGAUGUCGAGACCCUGCUGGCGCAGAAGACCGCUGGUGACCACUAUCUCGGAACAGCUAAGAUGGGUACGGACGAUGGACGCAAGAACGGUUCUUCGGUCGUUGACACUAGCGCCAAGGUCUACGGCACCGAGAACUUGAUACUAAUAUGGCCACAGUACAUCGUCGACGCAAGUAUCCACCCCGACCUCCCCACCGGCAACACCCAAGCGAUUGUCAUGAUCGCCGCCGAAGCAGCCGUUGAGAAGAUCGUCAGCUCUGCAUCUGGACAGGGUAUCUCUGGCGCUGCCUCUUCAGUAGUGCUUUCUGCCUCUGCACAGCCCACCGUCAUGGCGGCAGUGACUAGCACCGUCGACGCAAUGUCCACCAGCGUUGUCGAUGAAACUCAGACCACGACCAAGAUUGAGUCUGCGGUGGGGCCUAGUGACGUCGCUACUGGUGUUCCUGGUGCCCCGCCUGCCCCUAGUGACGCUGCGCCUGUCCAUAGCGACAAUGCUGCUCCUAGUGGCAACCAAAAUUUCAACGCACCAGUUCCUGUGCGCACACCCACGCCUAGCGACGCCAGCGCAGAGGGUCAAAAUGAGAAGCCCAGCCAAGUCGCCUCGACUAUUUACAUGACCGCCACCGCUACCGCCACCGCUACCGCCACCCACACCAACAUCGUAACUCUCACGCACAGCAGCGUCAGCACCGUGACCGUUACCGCCGGCCAGGCCCAAGGACAGGUUCAGCAGGGACAGCCGGAGUGUACCUGUGCAGUUCACUAGUUUGUACCAUAAUUUUACUGUAGAAU